AUGCCACUGCAGAAGGAAGUCCAUAGCAUCGAUUGGAAGGGUUCCGCCAUCGGAGAUCCCACGCGCUUCCCUGGCGCCACGCCGCCUGCUCGAGCGCGGCUCUUGCCGCCCGGCCACCUGGCCCUCGGCUCGGACGGCCUCGCGCGGCUGCAGCGCGGGCGGGCAGGGCAGGUGGGGAGAUGCGACGGCAUCGAGGGGGUCGAUGCCGCCAUCGCGGCGACCGGCGAGGGUGGCCCCCUGCUGGUGUUGAGUUUCUCCACCUCCUGGUGCGGGCCGUGCAAGCUGAUGGACCCAAAAGUGGAUCAGCUCAGCGAGGACUUCGCGGGCAAGGCGCAGUUUAUCAAAAUCCUCGGCGACAAGGACCCCGACGGCCUGAAGAUCCUGCAGAGAGAGGGCGUCAAGUCCGUGCCGCAGUACCACAUUUUCAAGGGUGGCGAGAAGGUGCAGCAAGUCUUGGGGGCAAAGUACGAUGAACUAGUCGAAGCUCUGAAGACGCAUACGGCACCAGGCGAUACAUAG